UAGGUUGAUAUGCAAUGUCACCUAUUUAUCACUUUAAAUAGUUUAGUUCGCCGUUGUCAGUAAUAUUGUGUUUAUAGGAAUGGAAAAAGUCGAACACCUGUUUUAAACUGUGUUAAUUAAAGAGACGGAGACAAUUAUUUCACAGUUAUAUAAUGAAUAUAUAUAUGGAAGGAUUAUCUCAUGUUUGAAAUAAAUGAAACGCAAAAUCUAUACAUUUCUGCCUUUUGCUUCCGUGAGAGAUUUUCUUUCAAAUUCAGCCAACAUGGGCUUUACCUAUUUGACGGUUGUGGGUUUGUAUAUAUUAAUAUUGGUGUUCGGUGCGGAAGCAAGCACAACAACAACAUUAACAGUGAUGUCGACUACUACUUUAAAACAGGAAAUAAAAUUCAAUGAAUCAUGCAAACAAAAUGAUGGAAUAAAUCCUUGCAUCACUGACAAUGCAGUAUGCAGCUGGGAAGAGGAGGACAUAGGUUACAAGUGUAUAUGUAUGGAGACUGCUCCUUAUUUUUACAACAACGCCUGUAUUGCGGGUCUGGAUAUAACCGUUACAGGCAUAAACUGCUAUAUAAGUGGAAACCAAGCACUAGGACAUGCUUCAAACUCAAUAAUGAUAGCUUGUACUAGUCCUUCGAUCUCCGAAGAUAUAUUCGAUGUCUACAAUGUGCGCAUAGUUAACAGUACAAGGCAGUGGAGUUUUGUUAGAAAGGAGAACACUAAUUAUAGAUUAGACAAUUUAAAAUCAGGAGAAAUAUAUCAAAUAGAAAUAUUUCCGACAAAAGACUCUAUCCCUAGCAUAGAAAGGAAAACCAUUGAAGGAGUAACAAAAAUAAAUUUUAAUGAAUCAUGCACACAAAUUGAUGGAUUCAGUCCAUGCAUCACUGAAAAUGCAGAGUGCCAGGAAGAUGAGAACAGUAGUUACAAGUGUGUAUGUAUGGAGACUGCUCCUUAUUUUUACAACAACGCCUGUAUUGCGGGUCUGAAUAUAACCGUUACAGGCAUAAACUGCUAUGUAAUAUACCAAGCACUAGGACCUGCUUCUAACUCAAUAAUGAUAGCUUGUACUAGUCCUUCGAUCUCCGAAGAUAUAUUCGAUGUCUACAAUGUGCGCAUAGUUAACAGUUCAUUGCAGUGGAAUUUUGUCAGAAAGGAGAACACUAAUUACAUAUUAGACAAUUUAAAAUCAGGAGAAAUAUAUCACAUAGAAAUAUUUCCAUCAAAAGAUUCUAUCCCUAGCAUAGAAAGGAAAACUAUUGAAGGAGUGACAAAACCAACCAGUGAAGCAAACUGGAGUUUACGUUCUAUUGAUACCAGUUCAUUUUUAUUUGAAAACAAUGACACAUCUGCCGAUCCUCUGAAAACAUAUACUGUUGAACUUAAUACAACGGAUAUUAAUUUUUCUACAAAUUGUUUAUCAAAAACCGAAAUUCCUGAAUUGCCUGAUGUUAUUAAUAUUCCUCUUGGCAAUAUUACCCAUGACAGCUUCAUCAUUUCAUUCGAAAGUAAUGGCAACAAAAGAUUCACAUAUUGGAGUGUAGUUGUGAUCAACAGUGAAACAGGGGAAAGGGUAGCAGAAGAUGCUCGUCCUUCUGACGUCAAAGCACUGCAGAUAGCAACAAAUAUCACCUCUUCAACGUUUUAUCUGGUUCAGGUUCAGACACAUGUUCCACUGCAAUCCAGCGAUUUGUUCAACAUAACAUUCAAUACAAGACCUCGGCGACCAAACAGUGGCGUUCUGGUGAAAGCAAAUGUGACCGAAAAGCCUAAUCCAGUAAAUGUGGAUGAAAUAAACAUUGGUGUGGUAACCAACUCAACUCUCACUGUCGUCUGGAACAAGCCGCUAGCUCAUACAGAUGGAUAUGAAAUAAAAUGGAAUUGUGAAAGCCCAAAUAUUGGCACAAAUCCAGACAAACCAACCAACGUUUCCACAAUAGAUAAAACCUCAUCAUCUCUCCUGAUUGAAUGGGAAAAGGCUGUCCAUUUUAAUGGUCCAACUAAGUAUAUAGUACAUAUAAACGAUUCAGUUAAUGGUUCCAUCAGAAUUCAGUCGUGCACAACUAGUGUUGGUAAUUGUACAGACAAGCUCUCGACCGAAUGCAAUGUGCUUGGUCUAGACGCUUACUGGGAUUACGACAUCGUUGUUGACGCUAUUACGUUUGAGGAAGGUCUUGACAAAUUAAUAGAAAGCUCAGAAAAGAAAACAUUUCGAACUGCAGAAGCCGUUCCUGGACCUGUAGCGCAUUUUGAUGUAAAACCAGAAGAGAACGUGUUGGAGGAACGGAACUUUCGUAUUGACUGGAAUAAGCCUGCUGAGCGGGAUCUAAACGGCGUCCUAACAGGAUUUGUUAUUCAAUAUCAAAAUGAACAGAUUGAGGUACAUGUUGGUCCAAACACAACGAGCAAGACGGUAUACUACAAUGUAAUUGGUAGCUACAAUGUGUCGAUACAAGCUCGUACAAGGGUAGGGCCUGGUGCAGUUGUCCAUAAGGAGAUUACUGUGAAACCUGGAGCUCCGAUAAAAGUUGACGAAAGCAAGACACCACUGAUGCUUAAGGCAUCGGUGUCUGUUGACAAUGACGAGAAUCAGAUAGCAGUAACUCUUCCACUUGCACAGUUUCUCUGCAAUAGCAGUAACGGACCACCAACUAUGUGGGGCAUUGUGGUUGCAGAAGCCGAUGAGGCAGCUAGAGAUUCAGCAUUUGCUGGUUCAAGAGACGACUUUCAAAAGAAGAUUGGUGACACGUAUAAGACAUGGUUUCAAGUAGACGGCCUAAACAAUAUUCCACCAUAUAUUGUCACAAAGCCAAACUGGAGGCCGCCAUGCACAAGCGGGAUUUGGCGUAAGCGUUUUGCAACAGAUGGUUCGAACAUAUUUGUCAUUGGAAAUGAAGAAUGCUACGGUUCUUCUGUUUCGAAGCAUUAUUGCAACGGGCCUUUACCUGAUGGACGCUCUUUCAAAGUAAAAUCCUUCGUUUGUACAGACUACGGCUGCAGUGAAUCCGUAUACUCACAACCGAUAGAAACGGUUGUAGCGACUUAUAUGACGGGGGCAAUUGUUGGCGGAGCGGUGUCAGCGGUUGUUGUGCUGGUCCUAGUUGUAUUAAUGAUCUUCUUUAUGAGAAAGAAACAUGCAGCCUGUUUCAAAAAGGACACAGAAAGCAUAACACAUACUUCCAGUGACCGAUUCGUUGAAUUGGGGGAAAUACAAACGAAGGCACAACCUGGAGCUGUUUACUUACAAGGUCCAGUAAACCUGACUGAGUUUCCAGCCUUUGUAGAGAAAAUGCACAAGGACAAUGAUCUUAUCUUCGCAGAUGCUUACAAGACUAUUAAGGAACCAAGCCCUAAACACCCUUGUACCGUUGCCAAAUCUCAGAACUGUCGAGCGAAAAAUCGAUACACACACAGUUUUCCAUAUGACCACUCGCGAGUAAAACUUAGACCGUCAGAUAAUGUUGGGGGAUCUGACUAUAUAAAUGCCAAUUACAUACCGGGCUACACAUCCCUACGCGAGUAUAUUGCCACCCAGGGUCCGAUGCAGGCCACGUUUGACGACUUCUGGCGAAUGGUCUGGGAGCAAAAUGUGGACACGAUUGUCAUGCUGACGAAGCUCGUUGAAAACGGAAGGAUCAAGUGUGACAAGUAUUGGCCGGAUGUGAACAAACCGAAGUAUUACGGGGACCUGCUUGUCUCAGUGGCGUCAGAGUCCAACCUCUCCGACUACAUACUCAGAAUCUUCGAAAUCAAAUUAAACGGAGAACGACGUUCUGUCCGUCAGUUCGCUUAUCUUAAGUGGCCAGAUAUGGGCUGCCCUGAGCUUCCGGAAAUGCUCCUGGAGUUUUUCGAGGUGGUGAAAGUUCACAAUAAACGUCAACAUGACACAAGGGACAAGGGGCCAAUGGUUGUGCACUGCAGCGCUGGUGUAGGUCGGACGGGGACGUUUAUCGUGGUGGACCAUCUACUGCAACACAUCCGUCACCAUGACGACGUAGACGUAUACAAACUCGUGCUUGAUAUGAAUAACCAUCGUUGCAACAUGGUCCAAACUGAGGACCAGUUCAUCUUUAUCCACGAGUGUCUGAAGGCAUGUAUAACCUCGGACAGAAAUUAUGAGGAGGUGGAGGAACAUAUGUACGAACAACUCACGAAUCUGGGGAGACAACAUCAACAAUGUUAGUUGAUAUGAGGAAAAAAUGAACAACACCAAUGAUAGCAUCUUGGAAUCCUAACACGUAUACAUAACAUACACUGUUAAUUCUGCGGUGACACGUCAGUUUAUAGUUGUUUUUCGUUCAUUUAUAAUGCAUCUUGUAUAACCAGAAUGUUAUUGAUCAAACAAUUCUUAGAAGUGUGUCAGGCAUUGAAAGUCGGUCUUAUACUUCUUCCAUUCCAUGACAUUCAUCUUAUAUGAACACAUUCCAUAAUAUGAGUGUUAUGCACAUGUCUUUCGAACUAAUUACUCACUAUUGUGUUCAAUCUUUUGUAUGAUAUGUAAGUGUGUGAUUUGUCUUUAAGGACGCGUUUUGAAGUUUUUCAUAUAAAUAUUGAUGUGAGAUUAAUUAUAUGAUGUUGUUUACACUAGCUUAUGUAGGAACAAAGAAAAAUCAACAAGCGUACAGGAUAGCACGAUAAUUAUUUAUUUAAAAAAUCAAGAAAUUUUGAAACAUAUAAAGGUUUAUCACAGAUAAUAAAAACGUAUAAAUAAGCAUAUAUGCAAGUUGAAAUACUUUUUGUUCCUAUAAAUUCAGCUUAAAUAUAUUGCAAGUAAUAUGGGAAAACAUGUAAGUAUUUUUAUUUUUUUUUUCAUCGAUAAAAAAUGGACUGGAGUUUAAGCGCAUGUAGUUGUUCCAAAUUUAUAGUUAUUUAGCAAAAUUAGCAUUAAUAUAUCAAUUUUGCUUUUGUAAAUUGUGAUUUUUUUGACAUCAUUAAAAACCGUACAUGUUUCAUAUUUGCCAUAGAAGAUCCAUCCUAAUAAUGUGUUUUAAAUUUAUGUUUUCUACUUAUAUAUUAGCUGUGUGUAUUUUUCAAUCAAAAGAAACUGUCUAGUUUGUUGGGAGAAAAUCCGGUUAUGUUUUGUUCUGUUUUAAACUUCGCUUCUGAAUUUGAUUAGUUCAUGAUAGCUUUUAUUAGUCUAUGAAUCUAAUGCUUGUGAAAUAAAAUAUACGCUACCAUUUGCAUA